ACGAUACUUCUAAGUGUACUAGAAGGCAGCACAGGUCCACCCGCACCGGUUGUGCUGUGAUAUUGAGAGAGGUCAUACAUUUUCGAAAAACAAAGAAAGCAAACCAGAAAGCCAGGAUGUCUGAAGAGCUGUCUCUCAACAUAAACAUCAAAGAGCCAAGAUGGGACCAAGGAACAUUUAUGGGGCGCGCCAAGCACUUCUUCAUGGUCACAGAUCCUAGGAAUGUCCUGCUGUCCUCUGAGACUCUGGAGGAUGCCAGAGUGAUCAUGGAGAACUACAGAGCCGGGGUCGUGAAGCCUGGCCUGACGGAGGAUGAGCUCUGGAGAGCCAAGUACAUUUAUGACUCCGCCUUCCACCCCGACACAGGGGAGAAGAUGUUUGUGAUUGGCCGGAUGUCCGCUCAGGUGCCAAUGAACAUGUCCAUCACAGGCAGCAUGCUCACCUUCUACAGGACUACUCCGGCAGUGGUGUUCUGGCAGUGGGUUAACCAGUCCUUCAACGCUGUCGUCAACUACACCAACCGCAGUGGAGAUGCCCCCAUGACCGUGAAUCAGCUUGGUGCAGCCUACAUCAGUGCUACUACUGGAGCUGUGGUCACUGCCCUGGGGCUCAAGUCUCUAGCUACGCGUCUCCCUCCAAUCAUGAGCCGGUUUGUCCCCUUUGCUGCUGUUGCUGCUGCUAACUGUAUCAACAUUCCCUUCAUGAGACAGAGGGAGUUGAAGUACGGUAUCCCUGUGAUGGAUGAGAAUGGAAACCGGUUAGGAGAGUCCCCCAAUGCUGCCAAGCAGGCCAUCAUACAGGUGGUGGUGUCAAGGAUCGGCAUGGCAGUGCCAGCAAUGGCCAUUCCCCCUGUCAUAAUGAAUGCACUGGAGAAGAGAGCUUUCAUGAAGCGGUUCCCAAUUCUAAACGCUCCAAUCCAGGUGGGGCUCGUCGGUCUGUGCCUGGUGUUUGCAACUCCUCUGUGCUGCGCCCUUUUCCCACAGAAAAGCUCUAUGAGUGUGAGCGGGCUGGAAGCAGAUCUGCAGGAGAGGAUACGACAGACCAGUCCCAACACCUCCACCGUCUACUUCAACAAGGGCCUGUAGGACCAGCCAACACAUCUCCAUGCACACACACACACGAGACAUGCAGACAAUCAGACAUACACACGUCUGUUGUUCUGUGGGCACAAGUGGGAGGGCAAUACAAAAUGUAUUUAUGUUGUUUUUUUUGUGUACUGCUGCAUUUGUUUGUCGUUUAUUUUCCUGCGUGGAGCUGCUCCAAGUACAGCAGAGGGUUAGGGCGUUGAUUGUUGAUGAUUAACUGAAGGGCAAACAAAACCCUUUGAAAAUGAGGAUCACUGACAGUUCUCUCUGUACAUACAGUAGAUGACACUCCUUAGAAUAGAAAAACUGAUUUUUCUAUUGUGUCAUAGUGUGUUUUCUGUCUUCCUUUGGUCAAAACUGCCUAGAGUGGGGCAGUUCAUGAAGUUGCAGAUUUGUGUUUCACUCACCAAUAUUUCAUGUUGCAUUCAGGUUCACACAAGUUUGAAGAUAGUUUGAAAUGAAGGCUUGUCCCUGUAAGUCGUGUAUUGCAAUUUCUUCUGAAUGCCACAAAAUCUUUUUUUGCCUUGUGCCCCCCCACCCCUCCCCCCCAUUUAGAAGUCCUUUUUCCAAUUCUUGCCUAGUCAGCGUUGCAGUAUUCCCAACUUCCACCAAUUCAUUUCCACCUUGAACUUGAAUCAUGCGGUUGUACUGGAAGAACCAGUGUGUUAAAUAGCUCUGAUGAGUCACACCCUUGAUGAAUAAGUUCCUCUUUUGUUGUACUUAACCGGUGCAGCUUCUUACUUUCUUCAACUCUCCUUUAAGUGUACUUAUGUCCCUUCAUAUUCAUAGACCAGGUAAUAAGGUGCUAGGUACAAUGUGGCAAAGAAAAUGGGUAGAUAUUCUACAAAAAAUAUGUAGAAAUUCUAAUGCAAAAGGCACUACUGCCAUGGCAGUGGCAGCCUGUUUUUCAAGGCCUUUUAUCGUUUGAGCACUUUAAGAACUAGUGCAGUCGCUAUCUUUAGUGGCAAAUUAAUGAAUAAUGGAUCGUUGUUGUUGGUGGUGCUUGUCAGGUGGAGGAAUAUCCUUUGUUGUUUCUAAAACGAAAUGAUCUGAUCUGAGUUUUGCCAUUUGUGUGUUUUAAAUUAACAGUGAUGUGCAGAAGCAAACAACAAUUGAUUGCUGUUGUCAUGUGAAAACUUAGCAAAUCCAAUAUUGUUUUUUAUGUUCACACUUGAACUGAACGAUUGCAUGAACAGGUUAAAAGAAGUGAAAGCUGUUUAAUUUAAGUCAGAGAUGCAGGGUUUUUAAUGUGCAACAGCUAUCUGAAAUCGUCUCACUAGAGCCAUUAAUGUCCCAUUGUACCAAAUGAAAGUAGCUAAUGUUGCGGUACAAAGUCCCAAUACUAAAAGCUUAUAUCAGGGCAGCGGGUAACUGUAUGCACGGUCUUUGUUGUUGCUUCGUUAAAGUGGACAGUUUGGCUGAGUUUGAGCUUCUCUGAACAAAUUCAUUCACAGUGUUGGCCGAACACAUGACUCAGUGUGGUUAAAUAGUGAUGUUGGUGUACGUGAGGAAAUAGUUGAAUUUAUCCCAGUGCCGUCUGGAUUAUGCAAGAAUAUGUAUAUUUAGAUACUGUCCAUCAUAUAUAUAUAUAUAUAUAUAUAUAUAUAUAUAUAUAUAUAUAUAUAUAUAUAUAUAUAUAUAUAUAUGAUGGACAGUUAUAUGGAGCACAUAUGCAUGAGGAAUUUUAGAGAUUUUAACUUCAAGGUGGGCCUCUGUUGGCCCCACAUAUUCAGGAGCACAGAGGAGUUUGCUGCAAAUGAGCGAGUGCACCUUUAGGGCUAACGCAUUCUCAGAUUAGAAGAGUGGUUCUCUAGUGGGAUUUAAAUUGAUACAGUGAACACAGUCACAGAUUACCAACUAUGAUUAAAUGUUUGUGUGAAGUGAUGUUUUGUGUUUGUUGGUCAGGCAUCUGUAAUUUGAAAUUGUACAGUAAUUAGUUAAAAGUAAACUGAUUGUGGAUGUUAAGGGACUGUAGCAACUGCACAAUAAUCAACUUCUGUACAAAAAUACACAAUGAUUGUUUCUAUGUGAUCCUGAAAUUGAAGGGUUUAAUUCCGAAGUGAUAUUCGGAUCAUUUUAUAAACGCAUACGGCCCUAUCCUGAAAUACCGUGUUGAUAUGACUCCUCACUUCUGUAUGAGAAUGUGGAUGUCUUUGUAUUAUUUUUCUUAAAUGAUGGAUAUCUCAUUUUGGAACAAAAUCGUCUUUCAACUGCUUUCUUACUCUCCAUUGUCUUUCAUAUGUAAUGUAAACACUUAACCCCCAAAUAAUAGCUACUGAUUGAGUCCCUCGCCUCCUUCUGUAACACUGAGCCAUGAUCACAUGCACUGCAGGACAGUGUUUCAGAGUUGGCAUCACUAAUGUAUUCCAAUAUUUGAUAUGGCUGCAUUAUUAUACAACGUUAUUGUGUGUUGUGUUUGGGGUGUUUUCCUGCUGAGGGUGAAACUGCACUAUAUAACCUUUGCUGUAGGAGCUAGUUGGAUCUGUGUUGCUAUUUAAAAGGAUUGUUUUAAAGUAUAUUGAAGACUGUUUGUUUAUGGUGCUGGAUGAUGUUAAACAAACUAUGGUUACUGCUUUUAUUUUAGUAUUCCAUUCAUUGUCUGUCAGUUUUCAAUCAUCAUAACCGAGUAGCUUUAGCUUCUGCUUUUUUCCCUUGUUUUUCUGGUCUUGGAAUUAUAGCGCAAAAGUGUCGAACAAAACUGGAAGGUUUUAGUCAGCAUUUAAAUACAUUUGUAAACAUGUAUCUCAGCUUGUGACUGUACUGUACCACUUUAACAUGUCGCACCAAUAGAUCUAGCCAAAGAUGAGACAGGUUUGAAUUGUACAGGAUUGAGGAGAAGUGUGUAACUUUUUGUGAAGUUUUGUUUCAGCUUUAACGUAUGGACCUUUUGUCAUGCAAAAACAUGUUUUUGUUGUUUAUUAACAGAAAUGGUCCUUAACUUUGUCAACAGCACACCAAAAUGUUCAAGAACACCGCAAAGCAUUGUCAUUAACACACAGCUAACAGAUUGAGAUAUAAAUAAAUGAAACACACAGUUUAGUUUGGUUAAAGAUCAUAUUAUUGGCAUCGAUUUUUUUUUUUUUUUUUUUUUUUUUUUUUUUGCAUUAUAAUAAAAUCUCAUAAUAAAUGUGAUUUCACAUAGCACCAGUGAAUUUUGGUGCACUGGUUGAAAACUCACUAAUCUGUAACUCUGGUUGUGCAUGUUAAGGAAAUGUCAAAUCUUUGCAUACUGAAAGCACAAAUGUAAAGACAGUCCAUUAUUGUUACACUCCAUUAAUACUUAUGUCAUGUACAUACAACUUACACACAUGUAGUCCUGUCAGUAUAGGUGCAGUGUUUUCUCCUUCUGUUUUGUAUUGUGUUGAAGUAUAUUUCCUUGAUGUGGAAUGUAUUUCACUCCGAGCAAGAGAAUAAAAUAUGUAAUGUUAAAGUCCAAA